CUCCAGCCCCUCCUUCUUCCUUCAGCAGGAGACCACAGACAUCAGCAUUUUGGUGGAGGAGUAAGAUGGAGCUGAAGGCAGAGAAUCAAACAUGCAUUGUGUUUCGUUUGGUUUGACACGUGUUGUGCCUCAGGAGUGUGCAUGAAUCUUCCAUUACAUGUUUGUGGAUUAAACAAAACAGUAACUUGUCAACAAACAAACAUGGAGGACCGUGAGAUGUGGCAACAGAAGCUUGACAAACAGCGAACACUUUUGAUGAAGAAGCAGCAAAAAAGAAGAGCUAGUGCUCAGAUGAUUACGGCAAAUCAUGAUGCUCGAUCAAAGAAUCGGAGGCAGAAAUCUGCAGCUGAAGACACAGCUCUGUUAAUCAGUCAGUCUCAAAGCAACACCUCCUUAAAUGACACUCAACUGGAGCAGGGCUAUGAUAACAUGCUUGAAGAGAUCAACCUUGAUGAAAUGACCAUUUCUUCUCAAAUGAUACCUGAGGACACAAUGCCACCGGUUGCACCUAAGAUUAAAACAAUUGACCUGGAUACAGAUAAUCAAACAACUCCGAAACACUCACCAAACACACCCAAUCAAUCAGAGGAGAAGAAAAUGAAGAAAAAGGUUGUUAAGAAGACUCAAGCUAAAUUGCUUGAGCGAUAUGAUGUUGGAGAAGGACAAGACACGCAAAAGAAGAAAACAUUGAAGAAAAAGGAAAAGAAGAAGACAGAAGAAGCACAAAUUGAGAUUGAUUCAGUGCUGGAGUUCAACAUUACAGAGGAAAACAAAACUGAAAUAGAGAGUGAGGAUGAACAAGAAGGCUGGGCAAAGAGUCCAGUGCCUCCUACACCAAAGAAAAAACAACUUUUAUCUACUUCAGCACUAUAUGUCUCUGAAGAUGAAACAGAAGUCAAGGAGAAUAAGAAGGAAAAUCCAAAAUCACAGAAAAAGUCCCAAAAAUCUACAAAGAAUGAUUAUGAUCUUGCUUCACUAAAUUCCAACUUUAGGCGGUUCUCUUCGGAGAGUGACUCAUCAGACAUGGGAAAGUCCUCACCAGUGUCUUUAGAGGAUCUGGAACAUUUUGCUCUUCGCCCUGCAGCAAGAGAUAUGACUAUUCAGUGUAGAAUCACCAGAGACAGGAGAGGAAUGGAAAGAGGAAUCUAUCCUACAUAUUACCUUCACAUGGAGAAAGAGGAUGGGAAGAAAGUCUUUCUCAUGGCUGGAAGAAAACGUAAGAAGAGUACAACUUCAAAUUAUCUGAUCUCCAUCGAUCCUACUGAUUUAUCCAGAGACACCAGCAGCUAUAUAGGCAAACUAAGGUCAAAUGUUUUAGGGACUAAAUUCACUGUAUACGAUAAUGGAGAAAAUCCAGACAGGAAACCAUUUGUAAAGGAGACUGAAUCACUCCGACAAGAGCUUGCAGCAAUAUGUUAUGAAAAAAAUGUUCUGGGUAUUAAAGGCCCCAGAAAAAUGACAGUGAUCAUUCCUGGCAUGCAUGAGAAUGAUGAAAGAGUCUGUAUUCGUCCAAAAAAUGAGCUUGAAUCUCUUCUCACUCGUUAUGAAAACGGUAACAAAGAAAAUUUAGUUUGCCUUGUGAACAAAUCACCAACCUGGAAUGAGCAGACGCAGUCUUAUGUGCUCAACUUCCAUGGACGAGUUACACAGGCAUCUGUCAAGAACUUUCAGAUUGUUCAUCCUGACAAUGAGGACUACAUUGUUAUGCAGUUUGGAAGGGUGGCAGAAGAUGUGUUUUCCAUGGACUACAGCUUCCCCCUGUGCGCACUACAAGCUUUUGCCAUCACUUUGUCCUCAUUUGAUGGCAAACUUGCUUGUGAAUAAAUACACAGUUUUAAAUUAGAUUCAUUCUUUUUUUUAUUUGUUAGUACUACUUCUGUUGACCUAUAGUCAAAAAUAUUUACUUAUUGAUGUAAAGAUUAGUUAUUUUUGUAUUCUUUAGAAUAUGGUAUAUAAUAUUUUAAUAUUAUAAUAUAAUGAAUAUUCUGUUGAAUCUUCUGUUGCCUGCAAGGUGAAUUGCAACUGUAAUGAAAACUUAAGCCUUCCCCUUUCUACCAACUGACUCUAAGAUGAUUUCAAGUGAUUUUAAAUAAUAUCUUGUUUUAGUGUACAGAAACUAAGCAAUUAACUUCUUUACUUGUUUACUUUACUUUUUACUUAACUAUUCAUAGGGAUUAGUGGAAUCUAAUAGCCCUGAAUAGUUCUCCACUUGGAGCGGGUGUCACUAACUGAAUGUCAGUAAAAGAAGACGGCAGUGUUGUAAUUUUGUAUCUUCAGUGAACAGGACAAGACCAACCAGACAGAGUUUACAGGAAAAUCCAUUUCCUGAAAAUACAUUUCCAAGUUAUGUGAAUAUGAUAUGAGCAGAGCAUAACGUACUUUACAUGGCACUGUAGCAGCUAAAACCAUACAGUGAUAGCUUAGUUGUGCCUCCCCUUGGCUAGUAACACCAAACUAGCCUAGUCUCGUGUUAGAUAGCCAAAAAGUUUUAGAUUUUAUCGGUACCCGAGGUAAGUUUUUGUACAAAUUUCAUAUAUAUAUUUUUUUUUAACCAAUUAGCCCCCACAUGCAAGAAAAAAUGCAUGAAAACAAUCUAUUUAGAAGUACAUUUUAAAAAGAUUUUUGAUGGAGAAAAGUCAUGAUUAACAGUCCAGAUAACACCCCUGGUAAAAACUGUUAUUUACCUAGAUUUCACUACCUUUUCGUGAAAGCAUGUUAAAGUUAAAGUGCUGCGAUGUUUCAUCUUGAGAAACAAAUGUUAGCUUACCAUUAAUGGCAUAACUUAGCUAAUGUUAGCUAAAGUUACUGCAACCACUAGCUAGCUAAAGUUUAAACAUAAUGUUAACACAUAAAUGUUACCACAUAUGCUUACAUUAUGAAUCUGUCACUAUUUUUGUAAGUAGCUAUUUAAUUUAAUAAU